GGUUUUUUUAUUUAAAUCUCGAAAGUCCAAUUAAAUUCACACUACUAUGGUCUUCUCUAUUCAUAAUAAAUAGACUGCCACUAGUCUCAGUCUCACACACACACACACUGUGAGGAAAAAAAAAUCACUCUCUCACUCUCUCACUCACUAUCUCACACUACUACGACUAUAACAAAUUUCAAGCCCUAGAAAACUUUGAAUUUGGCGGAGAGAGAUGGGAAAAUUGGAAGAAGCGUGUCCAACAGAGGAUGCGGUCAUGGCAUUGUUGGAAUAUCUGGUUUCCCCAAUGCUUCCGUCGGCUAAAUCUAUUAACCAAACUCCUUCACUUCCUCAGCAACAAUCUGUCGCCAAACAGAUGCAUGCUGCUGUGUUACUGUACAACUACUACCUCAGGAAACAGAAUCCACAGCUGGAAGUUUUGGGUUUUGAGGCCUUUUGCAAGUUGUCUGUAGUUCUGAAACCAACUUUGUUGGCACAUAUGAAGCUCAUGCAAAGUUCUGAUGAUACUGAAAUUGAUGACUUGAAGAAACAGCUUUCAGAAACAGAGAAAAGAAUCAUGGAAGCAUGUGAUAUAUCUGCAAGUUUGGAUGCAUCAAAAGAUGUCCCAAACAUAGAAGGAUGGCCAAUAUCCAAAGUUGCAGUGCUCUUGGUUGACUCCAAUAAGGAGAACUUCUUUUUGCGAUUCAGUUCCAUCACGCAGGGAGUUUGGUCAGUAAUUGAAAAAGACGUGGAUAUCUCCAACCCCACUGUAGAAGGUACGGUGGAUGCAAAUCAGUCGAACAAAAAGAAAAGAUUCAUUAGAAAACCUUCAAAAGAUGAAUCGAGUGUUGAUGAAUCUGGUUUGCUCCAGCUUGCAUAUGCAGCUGUUAAGGAAGCAACAGGUAUCAAUCAGACUGAUCUUAUGGUCUCGGAAAGGCAUGCUGUAUAUUCUCUCAGCAAAGAAAAGACAGCUGCUCGCUUUUAUAUAAUGCAAUGCAUCAAAUCAGUCAAUGAGGAUGUUGAUCGAGUUCCCAUUAAAGAUACCAUUGACAGCUUGCAGGGAACUCUGGUCAGAAAAAGUUCCAGCAGAUGGAUGGUUACCCCGGCUGUUGAGUACUUCCAUGUGCGUCCUUAUGCUAGGAUAGUGUCAACAUGGCUUUCAAGGGAAGUUUCCUCAGAUAGUUUGCCAGUUUUAAGGGAGGGAGUGAGAAAUUCAAUUGUGAACAGCCACGAGAGGACAGAGAGACCUUGCACUCCAGAAAUUCAUAAAACGCAAGAUAGAUCUCCUGUAAGUGAUGGAUUAGUAGGGGGUUUUGGCAACAAUACAAGGAGUGUUAAUACCGAAUCACUCAGGCAGAAGAAUAAUAAUGGAAGUUGCAUGAUUGGGUUGUCUGGUUCUCUUACUGGGCCUCAAAGUAGAGAUGAGGAUGAGCGUUUCAUGGUUACCUCCCAGAAUGGAGAGCAGUUCAAGAAUAUAGCAAAUACUAUCCAGGUUGUGUCUCGAGAAGAAAAUAGGGAUGUGGAUUUUUCUUUCAUGGUUCCCUCCCAGAAUGGAGGCAAAUGCGAAAAUAUAGCAAAUACUAUGCAAGUUCACAAUCAACAAGAAAAGAGGACUAAUUGUGUGGAAGAUGAUUCGAAUGGCUCACCUAGUAUUGUCAAGGAUGAUGAGAUGAUGGGUUUGAUGACGAGUCCUUGCGUUAGUGAAUGCAGAGGUAAACAGAUUGCUGCUGGAAAUAAAAUCUGCAACAAUAUCUUGUCAGUUCAAGGUGGGAGAGGCGAUCAUGCUCUGGUUGCUUAUCAAUCCACCGAAUUAGAUAUUGACAGAUCGAAAAAUACUAGUGUAUCAAAGCAAGAUGAAUGGUCAGGUGCUGCUUUAUUGCAAAAUUCUACAGUGCCAAGGCAAGAUGAAUUGUCACGUGCUGCUUUGUUGCAAAAUUUUAUAGUGCCAAAGCAAUAUGAAUUGUCACAUGCUGCUUUAUUGCCAACUGCUGUAGUGUCAAAGCAAGAUGAACUGUCAUGUGCUGCUUUGAGAGUUCUUCUUAGAAAAAGGGAUCAACUGUCACUUCAGCAGCGGAAUAUAGAAGAUGAGAUUGCACUGUGUGAUAAAAAAAUCCAGAAGAUUUUAAAUGGUGGUGAAGAUGAUUUGGCCUUGAAGAUAGAAUCCGUCAUAGAAGGUUGUAAUGAUGUAUGCCUAAGAAGUAUUACCCAAGAAAGGACUAAGCAGCAACUCGAAGACCAGCUUUCGCCUCAAACCUUCAAGAGGAAACGAUUGUCAGAGGCUGUUCUCAGUAUGCAAUAUCCAUGCCAGGAAUUGGAUAGGGUGUGUAAUGAGAGCAAUUGGGUGUUGCCAACUUACUGUGUAUUCACAUCAGAUGGUGGAUACAGAGCCAACGUCACUGUAAAUGGGGUGGAUUUUGAAUGUACAACAGGUGGUGACACGCGUUCCAAUCCUCGGGAAGCAAGAGAAUCAGCUGCUGCACAGAUGCUGGCCAAGUUACGAGCAAUGGCAAGUUCAACCCCAUAGCUUUUAGGUCUUUUCAAUUACAAGUAAUAGUAAGGCAUGUUAGCUUGAGAUUCAUACCAUAUAUAAGGUUCGUUUUGAGCACUGGGAUGAGGAAAGAGCACCUAUGCACAGGGUUCUUAUGUUACCAUGUUAUAGACGUCAAAAGCUCAAAUCUUUGAUGUCUGUGCAAACAAGAUACUUAAAGUACUAACAACUUAUACAAUACCAAUAGGUUGAUUUCAUUGAUCGGUCCUUGUAAGAUGUGGUACACAAUUUCUGAGAAAGUGGCCUUAAUUCUGUGUAUUCCGUCCAAAGUACAGGUACUUUAACCUACAAAUUAAAGGAAUAUAAUUGAACACAAGUCAGCAUUUUGGGUUU